AUCGUACGUAGAGCAAAACACCUAAACAGAAAGAGGGGAAUGCUUGAUUUCAAAUUCUCAGGUCCAGGUACCUAAGUAAUUAAGCUCUGAUAUGAUGUGACAGGUAAACAAUAAUGGUAUAGUGUGUGCUCGGUGCUCAGCCUUCCUCUCGCCAGCCCACGCCAACUCCUCUCCUCGCUGCCUGGGCCACAAGUUCCAGAGAGGUAGGGUCACUUUUUUUUUUUUUUUCUUCUGUCCCUUCGCAGUGUGAGGACGCGCCUUCUCUUAGUAAGUUCAACCACGGCCAAGUACAAUCCUGCAAAAGAAAAACACAUUGAUUCUCCUCCUUGUGGGCCGCAGCGGUGUCGGGGAGCCGAGGGGGAGCAUGCGCAGGGCCCGGCACUACAGGCCAGAGGAAAGAGAGUUAUCGAUCUCGUUUACCUUUACAAAACUUUCUUCCUGACACGACUUGUCAUUACAGUUCAACAUUUAUUUAUAAUGCCAAGACUUUAAGGUUUCUCUUUCAUGUUGCAAGAGGAACGUGCAUCUUUGACAGCGAGAGAAUGCAACCUUCGGCAACUUCGACCCCGUCCAGUCCUUCGUGGGUUCACCAGGCGCUCGGCCUCUCAGUGUGGGUAGACGCUCAGUCGGGUGUAGGUGCGUCAGUCUCCAUCUCGCCGGUGAGGAGGCUUUACCCAGCACUUCCUCUAGCGGAUAGCCAGCGAUCCCGCACGGUACUCCGGCGGGUGGAUCAAUCCUGUCGAGUGUUGUUGUCUCCAGACGCUAAAACAGACCCUUGUCAGAAAUUUAAACACGGGCAAGCAAUAUAAAACCUAUUUACGAGAGUGCAUCACGCUGGGAGAAUAUUUCUAUACACUAAGUACCGGUGAACUCCCCAAACUAUGCCGCCAACGAAGGGGAGUUGCAAGGAGUAACCUGUGCAUGAGACUGACCAGCAAAGAGUGACAGGCUCGCGCAGUGUGAGUCCAGGACAGUCAAGAGGAGGAUUACUUCCACCACAAACAUGACACAAGGAAAUAUAUCAAGACAGUUACUUCUGCUGCAAGUCCUCCUUAUCCUGGGAGGGUCCGAGGCGUUUGAUCCGGAGGCGAGCAUCACGGGGCUGUACACCGGGCCCUACUUCGAUCCCCUCUCGCCCCGGAACAUGACGGCACACCUGGGGGAUGAGGCAAAACUCCCCUGCACCGUCAGACAGCUCGGAGAUAAGUCGGUGUCGUGGGUGAGAGUGAGGGACGCAGACAUCCUGACAGUGGACCGCUACACCUUCGUCGGGGAUGAGCGGUUCGAGUCCCACUACUCAGCUCAAUCAGAGACUUGGAACCUGGUGAUCCGCUACGUGCAGGAGCGUGACGCGGGGGAGUAUGAGUGCCAGGUGUCCACGGAACCCAAGAUGAGCCAGUUCUUCAGCCUACGAGUCGUCAUUCCCAAAGUCAAGAUUCUGCCAAUGGGGGAUCGUUACGUGAAGGCGGGAAGCACCGUCCGCAUUGAUUGCCAAAUCACAGACGUGGUGCAGCUGCCAGACUACAUCUUUUGGUACCACCAGGAGAAGAGGGUGAUGGCCCGACACGAUCCUAACCUAACUGUGAAGGUGAAGCGCACGGACGUGGAGGCCAUCACGUCCACCCUCACCAUCCACAAGGUGCGCCAGGAACAGAGCGGAAACUACACCUGCAUGCCCUCCAACCUGCACUCCGCCUCCGUCGUGCUGCACGUCAUCAACGAGAAGCACCCCGCGGCCAUGCAGGGCGAACGGAACGGGUCAGGAGCAGCCGAGGCCAAGAUCCACGUUACCUUCCUCAUAUUGCUGCUCCUCUUCGUCUUCACGGUCUCACUUGGUGUUCGGGAGGAAACUUACAGACCUAAACCAAAAAAGCGACUAGCUACAAAUCCAGCUUCAGUGGCUGUUCUCUCGCCUGCCACCAAAUCUUCAAUGUACCUCUCUCCAAUUACUGCUCUUUCCCCUCCCUCUCUCCCCUGCCUCUCGCACCACGUACCUACUGCCACAUCGAGCCAGGGGGAACAAGAAGCCUUCGAUAUACUUUGGAAACUUCUGAAAAUUGACGCUCUCCAUCGUGCACAGGAAGUUCGCUCUACUGAGGGGGACGAUGCAAAAUCUGUGCCCAGCGAUGGCAGCCUCACUAGGGCCAUGCCAUUCUCGAACAGGCCUGAGGAGAUGCUUAACGCGGAGGGUUGUCCUUCAUCCUCCUUGAAGCGGCGAGCCCCUCAGGAGUUGAUCUUUGAUGAAGCUCAGGAACCACUUAACGUGUUAGGAAAGGAGAGAGUAGAAGAAACAAAGGCCAGCAGGACUCGAGUUGCAAGUCCUCAACCUCAUCAAGUACCACCAAUGUCGCAAAUAAAGGGUUUUCGGGGCGUCGGUCGAAGGCUGGGGGUCGCCUCUUGUCGGUGAUCAGCCCGGCCGCCCUUGAUACCUACUUUUGUAUAUAUCGUGUACAUAGACAAGUAUAUAUGAUUUUUAUGUGUACAGAUAGACUUGUACAAAAGAUCGUUCCCAAGAUAGCAAUUAGUAUUGGGAAGUUAACAAAAAAAAAAAAAAGAAUCGUUUUAUAGGAGUUUCUAAAGUCAAAGGAGAUAACUGGAUCCUGCGUGAGAGAAGCGUCUAAAACAUGUGCUUCUUGUAAAUAUAUUUCAUUCUUGCGUGUGUAUACCUAAAGGAGGUUCGACUUAAAAAAUUAUUUCAGCGAGGCUAUAGUACACACCCACACACUACGUUGCCACUUUUUGGUAUCAUUUGAAAUGAGUUCGCCUUUUAUUUACGCCAAUACAUAUUUCUUGAAACUGAAUUCCAUUGACUAUUUACCAAUUAUUUAGAAGAAUGUAUACGACUUGAGUGUUCCAUGUCGUUCAAAAUAUACCCUGGAACUGAGAAACCCAACUGUUCUGUGUCAGCAAACGAGGAGAUCUGCUAGUAGCGGAUGAGAGCCAGGUCAGCAGUCCUCUACAACCACCAUGGACUCAAUUGAACCACUAGUCAUAAAGAACCCCCCGCCACUAAGUGACUACUGGACAAAACAGGCUAGGCGGAGUCUCUAGUUGAAGAUCUGGUGAAGUUAUGAAUCGUCAGCAGUGUUCCGACUUUGGAGUGACUGGCAAGCUUUCUGUAACUCGACAGGGUGGGGCUUGGCUUGAGUAUCGGCCGUGCCCUCCCGUGCUGUCUUCAGCACAACUCCCUCGGAACCCGGGAGGCGCCGCACAGAGCACUUGGGUGUUCCAUUCGCCUUCAGUGUUUCGUAAAUGAAUUAAUCGAUGAGUUAAUUCCUUCUGUGUUCCGUGUAUUCACUAUUUACUAUUUUCAACAA